CCUAAACUUUAUCGCGAUUCGUUUAUCCGGGCCUUUGAAUGUGCUCUUUUCGAGUCUUUCGCGCCUCGUGUCCUGCCGCCUAUUUUUCUUCCUUUGACUCGGGGUCGUAAAUUCAGUGGUAGUGAGUCUCCGGUCGACAUUCCUUCAAUAUUUCAGCUGUAUUAAUUAUCGCCGAUUGCAAAUCGAGAAACGAAAUCUUGCGGGUGAACGGUUUUUUCCUCCAAGGGGAUCGUACGCGAUGGUUUGAGGGAUGAUCGCAAAACCAUAGACUACUUUUAGUCACUGUAACUUCUGGUGAUUAUUAUACUUGUAUGGUUGCAGAUAAAAGUGCUGUGAAUUUAGUGAUAAGGCGGAGGCGUUACUUUCAUCAUUGUAACAUUUUCUCUGGCUAAUGUUAUUUACGAAAUGGAGGGGUAAAGGAUGGAGCAACUGACCGAGUUCGUUUCGAAGUCUUUCGAGGAGGGCAAGGCGAAGGUAAAAACAAAAGCGGAGGAGGAAGAUAGUGAAAAGGACAAGGAAAGCGAAAAGGAGAACAAAAAAGAAAAUAAGGCAGAGGUGGCGGCGGCAGAUUCGGAGAAAGAGGAAGAAUGGAGUGAUGUUUCCUCCAGUCGUGGAUCAAUCUCACCUGUCGUUAUCGACUCAUACGAUUCGAGGUCUCCUCAGCCGAUAGCCUCACCACAGGAUCAAACUCCCUCGGAAGACGAAUGCAGGUCUUCAAAAUCGCCCUCAGCGAUUUGCUUAAGCGAUCAUCAAAGGCAACUAACAUUGUCUCCACCACCCGGAAGUAAAUUAGGCAACAAACAAAGGAGAAGUCGCACAAAUUUCACUCUGGAACAACUGAAUGAACUUGAGCGACUUUUUGACGAAACGCACUAUCCAGACGCUUUCAUGAGAGAGGAGCUCAGCCAAAGACUCGGUCUCAGUGAAGCCAGGGUUCAAGUUUGGUUUCAAAAUAGGAGAGCUAAAUGCCGGAAGCACGAGAGCCAAAUGCACAAAGCGGCGGGCAUGAUGCUGAGCAGUCAAAUCCACAGUUCGACCCCGGUGGCGACACCCCUGGAGCCCUGCCGAGUGGCGCCCUACGUCAAUGUACCGCGACUACCCUCCCUCCCGUUAGCUGCCUCCGCUGCUGCUGCCUUCUCCGCCUUUGAUCCCGCCAUCGUAAACGCGGCACAUCAGUAUGCGGCAAUGUUGGGAAGCACAGCGAGCUCGCUUUUCUGUCACUCCCAGUACCCCGGCUUCAGCCUGGCCGCUCUAGCUGCUCUGCACCAGGACAGACUCCUCUCCAAGAACUCCAGCAUCGCUGAUCUAAGGUUGAAGGCGAAGAAACACUCCGAGGCUAUGCAGAUGGGACGAGAAAAAGAGGCAGCGUAGAAUCGCACAGAUUCGCUAUAUCCGGGUAGAAAUUCUAAACGAAGCGGCUGAUUAUGAUUAAAAAAUCAUCAGACUCUUAAGACCAAACGCUAUGGACUGUAAUAAUUUUAUAGCACGUUUUACUGGCAAGGGACUUUCUAAGCUCUCUAUAGGCUCGGAGCGCGCCUUCCGUUUUUCGCGAUACACCACGCUUCACCGUGCAGUUAGUUCAGUUGCCUACGCGACCUAUAUCCAAUGGAGGAUUAACAUUUCACCACACGCAUACGCGAGUGUGCUAACUGCUACCACACAUUCAUCAAAGAGAUGAAGGCGUCUUCUUUGGCUGAUUGAAAAGCAGUCCUCAUUUUUUUUCACGUUCUUUUACCUCUGAAGUUAAUAGUUUUCUACUCAUCAUAAACGACUUGCAAGUUGCCGGAAAUCGCUGAUUGCCUGCGUCAGUUGUAUUGGAACGUAAUUUUUUGCUGAAAAAACAAUAUUUCGAUUCGACUCGGUGACCUUUGAGUCAGAAAGAAGAUGAGUAAAAUUAGCAUGAAGUGAUAGCUACCAAGAAGAGACUUUUGAAUUGAAUGGCUUUAUCUGGAAGCGACCUGACUAAACUAAUAAAGUUGCCGAAUUUUCACUAAUUUUAACAGGAAACCUACAAAAUUUUCACUUUAAAUAUUGUGGGUUUUUUCCCAAACGAAGGAAAAAUUCACAGAUUCUUUCAAGGCGGUAUGUUGCUUCGUUUUCUGUCGAAAAAAUAAAACGUGAGCGAAGAAAUGGCAACUUAGAAUGCAUAUAGGCUGAUUCUGGUCAAAUCUGACUAUUUAGGUAUGGUUCAAAAUCAGAUCCCUUGCAAACAUGUAAUUUUUACGCAAGAGCUAUGUCCAUUCACAGUUGAGAAAAAACUGAUACUUAGCAUCAAUAUUUUGACCUGCAACAUCAUCAAUGUGACUGAUCCAAAAGGUGAUGGAAUCUUUAUGUAUGCAAGUUAGUAGUUUUUUAGGUGUUGAAUCAACGCCAAUGAAAAAUCAUUUAAAUUACAACUUUAAAAUUCUUUCUGUACUUCGUAAGUGGCUGGUGUACAUUUAUAGAUAUCUUAGAGAUAAAAUAGAAAUAAAUUUGUACAGUGUUGUAAUUUAUUGUAGGUAUGUAUUGCUUUACACACAAGUUUCAUGUAUUCUCUCUCAUUUUUUCCCUUCAUUGCAUAGUUUUACUGAAGUAGCAAUACAUGCGAAACUGUACGUUUUCUAAAAAAAAGCGUCGUCUAGCUGUGUUCGUAACGAGGAGUUGUUAACUUGAUUUUUCUUCUUGUAUAUCUAGUUCAAAAAUACUUGUAAAUAAAUGUAAAUUGCCAGACAUGUUCACGUUAAAACAAUAAUUUGAUGUCAAAA